AAAUCGGUAAAAUAAAAUAAAAUAAAGGAGAGUUAUUUUUUUUCUGUAGCUGAGCCUCCAUGAUCCAUCGAUUCGUUAGCCGUCAAUAAGAAGAAGAAUCUCAGGCGAGGAGUUUAAUCCACCUAUGACUUCUGAUAUAAAAACCGAAGGACGCGAUAUGGAUGCUCGUGUGCAAGCUAUGUGGGAGCAAAUGAAUAAAGGGUUAAAUAAUAAGUCUGUUAAACACACUGCAACAACGCGUAGUACUACUUCAAUUAUGAGCACUAGUUCACAGAAGAUCAAUAAUAAUUGGAUGACAUAUCUGGGUCUGACUCCAAAGAAGAGAGAACGUCCUGAACAAGAUGGUCAGCAUAAAGGAUCGCUGGAAUACACUUCCGAUAAGACGCUUUUAAACCAGUCCAAUUCAUCUUCUGAUAGUGCGUCACAGAAGAAAUCUGAUAAUUGGAUGGCUUAUCUGGGCCUGGAAACUAAGAAACCAGAAAGUUCCGGGCAGGAAGCACGGAAAGAAGAUACCAUUAUGCAAAGCGCCAAAAAUGAUGAGGGCAGAAAGCUUGCUGCUGCUGCUCUCGCAGCAGUUAAGGAGGCUGCAGCAGCUGCAGCUGGCAGGGGUAAAGUUGAGAUCACAGAGGUUAGGGAUUUUGCUGGUGAGGAAAUAAAAGUUAAGAAGCUUGUUGAUGCAGAGUCCAAAGAGGCUGCUGAAAAGGCCAGAGGAUCUUCAACAUCUGCAGUGGAUGUUAUUCUAGAACAAAUUAAGAAGAAGCCUAAGCUCAGUGUGCUCGACAAGUCAAAGAAAGAUUGGGGAGAGUUCAAAGACGAGAACAAGGGGCUAGAAGACCAAUUAGAUGCCUAUAAAAAGAGUUCAAACCAGUAUUUAGACAAGGUGUCCUUCUUGCAACGAGCAGAUUACCGAGAAUAUGAGAGAGAAAGAGAUGCUCGAUUGGCUCAACAGUCCAGGAGAAAAACAGAUAUGCGAGACGAUGAUCUCUAAAUCCAGGAUGCUUCCAUCUGCUCUUGCAAAUUUCCAAUCCGAGCAUGUCGCCGAUGAGGAGAUAAUUCUGGAAUUUUCGUGCAUCAUAAUGAAGUCCUUCUUCUUCAAAGGGGACCAUUUGUUAUGGGCUGAUAACGUAUUAGUCCCUGUAAACCACAGAUGUUCUUGGAACUUCCUAUGUAAUGUUGUGGUACUUCUAAGUUCUAAGGGAAAAGUGAGCCUAGGGAUCAGUGUCGAAUAAAAUUUGUGUUCUGAUUUGUUAUAAGAUGGUUUUGUGGUCUCUUCUGAAGCUA